CUCCCCUGUGCAACAAUGUCGACGCUCUUCAUCGCCCUGCAAUGCAUCCAAUGCUCCACCAUGCAGGUGAAGCAGCAGAAGAAGAGCCGAGGCAACAGCAACAAGUGGGUGUGCGCCGUGUGCAACCUGCGCCAAUCGGUGCGCCGAGUCCACGCGCGCGGCCCGAUCGCGCGCGAUCUCCGCGGGUUCGUCCAGGAGUUCAACCUCUCCCGCGCGGUCCACGGAUCCGACGGCUCUGAUCCGAUCCCGAUCCUCCGAUCGUCGGGCUCGCUUGCUCCCGAUGGGUUCGGUGAGCGCCAUAAGAGGAGGAUGGAUUGGUCGGAGUAUUUGGAUCCCCAUGAGGAAGAAGAGGAAGAAGCGGGAGGUGGCGGCGAUGGAGUGGCAGUAGCGAUGGAUUUGCCCCCUCAAAACUUCGAAAAUUUGUCUCAGAAAGGCAUAAAACAAACGGAAUCCUUCAAACCAGAUUUUUCGAAGAGGAAGCGGAGCGAGGAGAAGGGCAGUUUUCCAGGCCAAAACUCAUCCCAACCAAGUGGAAUGGGACCAAAGAAAACUCUCGAGACGAAAGUACGUUCCAAAUGGAGCGAGUACUUGGAAGAAGAAGAUACCGGUGAAACAUUUGGUAGAGAGGUAUGUGUGGAGCAAUCAAGCCGUUACUACGAACUCCGUGGUGGAAAGGAGAGCCAGCUGAGUGAUUCACUAGUAGCAGACGAAAUCCACCCUGAUUUCAAAUAACUUCAGGUAUUUCCAUGUCCUUUCUUAUUCUCCUUUCAGUAGAAUCUCCUACUCGCAGUUGAAUGAAUGAAGCAUUUUUAGCAAUUCUCUUUAUGAAUCAAACUUAUUGCACUAGUAAAAAUCUCCACAGUAAACAUAGUUCAUCUACUACUGUCGUUGAACGUUGAUGUAUCUCAUCAACUCUUGUUGUUUUAUGCAUUCUAAUUCCUUGAUCUAAGAGUUGAAACUUUUUAACAUUCACAAAACUAGAAACUACUAUCAUACACAACUUUGAUUUCUGAGACGUGAGUUUAAGAUUUAUACUUUGAAAUAUCAGACAACGUAAACAAAAUUAUAGACAAGGUUCAGAAUUUUAGGCUUAGUGUAGAUUGAUAGAGACUGAAGGGCCGAAAUCUUAAAUCCAAAUCUGAUCCAACUUAACUAACAAACCAAGACUUGGACCACUCCUGAGCCUAUUUGAGCCUUUCAGCUUAUCCC